GCAGGCGGCGCCCCAUUGGCCGCCAGGCCCCGGGGGACGCGGGGGGCGGGGCGGGAGCGGAGAGUGAACCCUGCGACCUGCGGGGGCCCCAGCUGCAUCCGCCGCCGCAGCUGCCGCCCAGCCCUUUCGCUGCUGAUUGGUCAUCAUGCUGCGCUCCCUGCUGCCCCGGCUGCUCAGCCUGCGUGCCAGGACGGCCCCGUACUCGUCAGCCGCGGCCCUGCCCAAGCCCAUCCCGAACCCAGACAUCCGCUACAACCAGCUCUUCAUCAACAACGAGUGGCAAGAUGCUGCCAGCAAGAAGACCUUCCCCACCAUCAACCCAUCCACGGGAGAGGUGCUGGGCCACGUGGCCGAAGGGGACCGGGCGGACGUGGACCGGGCGGUGAAAGCGGCCCGGGAGGCCUUCCGCCUGGGCUCUCCAUGGCGCCGGAUGGAUGCCUCAGAGCGGGGCCGGCUGCUCAACCGCCUGGCGGACCUGGUGGAGCGGGACCGGGUAUACCUGGCCUCCCUGGAGACCCUGGAUAAUGGCAAGCCCUUCCAGGAGUCCUACGUCAUGGACCUGGACGAGGUCAUCAAGGUGUACCGGUACUUCGCUGGCUGGGCUGACAAGUGGCACGGCAAGACCAUCCCCAUGGAUGGCGAGCACUUCUGCUUCACCCGGCACGAGCCCGUGGGCGUCUGUGGCCAGAUCAUCCCCUGGAACUUCCCGCUGGUCAUGCAGGGCUGGAAGCUCGCCCCGGCGCUCGCCACGGGCAACACGGUGGUGAUGAAGGUGGCGGAGCAGACGCCCCUGUCCGCCCUCUACUUGGCCUCCCUCAUCAAAGAGGCCGGCUUCCCCCCCGGGGUGGUGAACAUCAUCACCGGCUACGGCCCCACGGCCGGCGCGGCCAUUGCCCAGCACAUGGACGUAGACAAAGUGGCCUUCACCGGCUCCACAGAGGUGGGCCACCUGAUCCAGAAGGCGGCGGGGGACUCCAACCUCAAGCGCGUCACGCUGGAGCUGGGCGGGAAGAGCCCCAGCAUCGUGCUGGCCGACGCCGACAUGGACCACGCCGUGGAGCAGUGCCACGAGGCCCUGUUCUUCAACAUGGGCCAGUGCUGCUGCGCCGGCUCCCGCACCUUCGUCCAGGACUCCAUCUACGACGAGUUCCUCGAGAGGACCGUGGAGAAGGCGAAGCAGAGGAAAGUGGGGAACCCCUUUGAGCUGGACACCCGCCAGGGCCCCCAGGUGGACCAGGAGCAGUUCGACCGCAUCCUGGGCUACAUCAAGCUGGGCCAGAAGGAGGGGGCCAAGCUCAUGUGUGGCGGGGAGCGCUUUGGGGAGCGCGGCUUCUUCAUCAAGCCCACCGUCUUCGGGGGCGUGCAGGACGACAUGCGGAUCGCCAAGGAGGAGAUCUUCGGGCCCGUGCAGCCCUUGUUCAAGUUCAAGAAGAUCGAGGAGGUGAUCGAGAGGGCCAACAACACCAGGUACGGCCUGGCGGCUGCCAUAUUCACCCAGGACCUGGACAAAGCCUUGUACUUCACACAGGCGCUGCAGGCCGGCACCGUGUGGGUGAACACCUACAACAUCGUCACCGCACAGACGCCCUUCGGGGGCUUCAAGGAAUCUGGCAGUGGGAGGGAGCUGGGGGAGGACGGGCUGAAGGCUUACACCGAGGUCAAGACCGUCACCAUCAAGGUCCCCCAGAAGAACUCUUAAGAGCUGCCCCCACGGGCACCCAACUCUAGUCCAAGAGUUCCACAACCACCUGGACCAGCGGUCUGCCAAACACCAUGGACCCCCCAAGAACCAUGAAGACCUUCCUGGAGGGAGCAAAGACAAUGAAAUGCAAAGCAGAGCAGCUGUGGUUCCACCGGGGGACCGGGGGGGGGGGGUGUGCCUGGCUCCACCCACAUCCUGUCACCUGCACACUGGCUCCUUUGGCAUCCUCGAGUUACGUCCAUGAAACUUUAGGAGAAGCUAGAAUGGCCGUCAAGUCAAUGCUUUGAUCUGGACACAGCGCCUUCCAGGUUUUCCUGCCCAUCUGUGGACUUCUGGUGGGUGGAAUAGAUAACUCAGAGGUUUAGUAGACACUAGGACAUAACUUAGUGGAUGGAGGUGGGACUGGAAGGCGUGAGGGGCUUGGACGGAUGCCAGACUGUGCCUCACUGCUCAUGGGUUUACCCUGUACCGCCAAAGGCACACUCCCUUUUAGAACAGCCCGUGGCUGGCUGCACUGCUCGCCUGCCCUUUGCUUUGCCACUGAUUUUCUUACUCCGAAGGAAAACCUGGGCAGAUAGGAUUAUGUCUUCAAAUCAGGCCACAGCAAUCUAGAUGUUGAGCUGAGACACGGAAAGUGUUCAUGCAAUCUCCCUCGGACCGUCCAGCUGCCGACCAAAGUGUCCACGCGUGCAGUGGCAUGGUGGAAGUGUGGAGCCACUGUGAGCCACUGCCCCACACCAACACGGUCAAGACAGACGAGUCCAUGGACGGGAAGCACCAGAACAGGCUGACCCAGUGCACCCCGCAGGUUUAUUCGUGGUUGUCGAGGACUGGAGUCACAGCUAGCAGCUGUGGGAUUUGGGGGGCUUGAGGGGAAGGAUGGGGAGGGUUUAACUAUUUCAGAAUUGAAUAGGGGUGAUUGUUGUCAACUUGGCCUGUGUGCUACGAUUUACGCCAGUGAAUCACACGCC